AUGCCUACCAAAGAUAGUAAAACAGUGUCCGGGUCCGAUGCAUCGCCGGAGAUCACAGGCCAGAGUUCUCUUCCGAUCUCGCGUAUAAAGAAGAUCAUCCAGCUGGACGACGAUAUUGUCCAAUGCUCCAACAAUGCGACCUUUGUCGUCGCAAUGGCUACUGAACUUUUCAUCCAAUACCUCACGGAACAAGGGCACAAUGUCGUCAAGUCAGAACGCAAACCGCGGAAAACCAUUCAGUAUAAAGACCUAGCAACCGCAGUAUCGCGAAUAGACAACCUAGAAUUCCUCGCCGAUGUUAUACCGAAGACGACAACGUAUAAACAGUUCAAGGAGAAGCGAGCGAAGGAAUCGGGCAAGGACAUUGAGAUCGAGAAGGGACAGCGCACGCUGAACGGAGCCCUACCGCCGGUACCCGAGACAGAUAAGGAGCGCCCGGAUGAAGAUAAGGAAUCAUCACUGCCUCGGGGCUCCAGACCCCCAACUGUUGGGAUGCUGGUAGAUGGGCCCGGUGACUCGCAGUCCAAGGAUGAUGACGUGGAGAUGGCAGAUGAUUGA